AACCACCCCAUGUUUGAACUUCCACUUUUCCUAAUCCAAAGAAAUAAAUAAAAUCAAUGGCUACCACCACCCAUUAUUAAAUUCAAAAGGAAAGGAGACAAGGCAAAAGACAGGACAAAGAGGGGGAGAACAUGGCGAAGAAGCAGCAGCAGCAGCACCAGGUUAUGCAGCAGGUUCCUUCAGUAGGGGGUAUAAGAAGCAGCUUCCAAUCGCUUGUUGCCCUCCUCAUUGCCAUUCUAGUCGUUGCCACUAUCUAUAUCAGACAAAGCAAUGAGCAGCUGUUCCAAUAUUGGACUACAUAUGAUAAAACCAUCAACGGCUUGUCGUCGAGCUGCAAUUUGUUUGCCGGAAAAUGGGUAUUUGAUAAUAGAUCUUAUCCUUUAUACAAAGAGAAAGAAUGCACUUUCAUGUCUGAUCAGUUAGCUUGUGAGAAAUUUGGGAGAAAAGACCUUAAAUAUCAGUUUUGGCGAUGGCAACCUCACCAAUGUGACCUCCCCAGGUUCAAUGCCACAGCAUUGCUGGAGAAGCUUAGGAACAAGAGACUUGUUUACGUUGGUGACUCACUCAAUAGAAACCAAUGGGUUUCAAUGGUUUGCCUGGUUGACUCAGUCAUCUCUCCAACCUUUAAAUCAAUGCACAACAAUGGUUCAAUCAACAUUUUCAAAGCCAUUGAAUAUAAUGCAACAAUUGAAUUCUACUGGUCUCCAUUGUUGGUGGAAUCAAACUCCGAUGAUCCAAUUAGCCAUCGUGUACCGGAUCGAAUUGUGAGAGUUCAGGCAAUAGAAAAGCAUGCAAGACAUUGGACUGACGCUGAUUAUCUUGUUUUUAACACUUAUCUUUGGUGGAGAAGACGUCAAAUGAAGGUCUUGUGGGGAUCUUUUGAAAGCCCCGAAGAUGGGGUAUACAAAGCAGUAAAGUUGCCGAGAGUAUACGAGAUGGCCUUACAGACAUGGGCACAAUGGCUGGAGGUUCAUGUUGAUAGAAACAAGACCCAGUUGUUCUUUAUGAGCAUGUCACCAACUCACCAAAAGGCCAAUAAAUGGGGCGGAAUCAAAGGUGAAAAUUGUUAUAGCGAAACCGAACCGGUUACUGAAGAAGGAUACGCUGGAGACGGAGCGAGUCCGAGGAUGAUGCAUGUAGUUGAUAGCGUACUUGGCGAACUGAAAACAAGAGGGUUGAACGUCCAAAUGAUUAACAUUACACAGCUAUCAGAUUACAGGAAAGACGGCCAUCCAUCAAUAUAUAGGAAGCAUUGGGAAACAAUAACGGAAGAACAAUUAUUGAAUCCCAAAAAUUACUCGGACUGUAUCCAUUGGUGCCUUCCCGGAGUGCCUGAUGUGUGGAACGAGUUGCUCUACGCUUGCAUUCUUGAACUUUGACGAUAUCCUAGUUUCACAAAUAAAAAUGUGUUUAUGAAAACUGGGGUUGAUGAUGCUUUUGAUGUAACUGUUGAUUGUAUCAUGAGUUAUAGAGCUGACAACAUUUCGUAAAGAA